CGAAUUGAGGCUGUUCUAAGGACAGGGGGUGCAACUCAAUAUUAGGAAGGUACUCUUAACGUUUUGUAGACUGUUCACCGUAUAUCAUUGCUGUGAACCCGUAAUUAGGACUUUUAUUUUGAAGACAAUUUUGGACGCUGGAGUAAUAGGCCUACUGGUGGCAAAGGUUUCACAUCCUCUUUGUUCGUUGGCAGUAACGUUGGCUAGCUAGGUUUACUUUCUACCGUCUCAUGCGGCGCUCACUAGCAAAGGUAGCUAAGAUACUGAUUGGCACAUGGGCCAUAAUGGAUUCACCCAUCCCUCUCUCCUCCCUGCGCCUUUUGGUUCCACCUCUACGGCUGAUGUCUGCAUUUAUGUGGCAGGUAGCACAACAGAGGGCCAUCAAGCACUAUGGAAAAUUAGAGGAGUUUGUGACCGUGGUAACACAAACUGUCCCAGAACUUAUGACUGACAGACAAAGGACCCUCCUUAUUUUGGGUCUGAGAGCAAGGGUAAACCCUGUCAGCCUCCGGACCCUCCUUUAUAGAAUAAAGUCUUCUCAGCAUGCACAGUCCAAUGAUGCAGGCAUGGAAUCACCUGAAGCUAACUUUGCCAAGCUCACCCAAAGCUUGCUUAUAGACCCGGUUGAGCGUGAACACUUCGUCCAAGUGGUGUUUCCUGAAGAAUUCAGACCUGAUUUUGACCAAGUGCUUCAGGAACUGGUCUGUGACUUUCUCACUAGGUUGGAAGAGCUGCUUACACUACCAGACUUUAAGCAGACUGCAUUGUUGCUGAGUGCUGGCUCCUCUGGCCUUGAUGAAUGCCUGCAGUCUUUCUCUCACUCAGAAGAUCUCCAGUUUCUGCUCCAGAAUUACAAACAAUGCAGAACAUUGUACACAAACAUUUCCUCCUCUGACAUUCCUCAGGAAUCAGAUAUUGAAUCCGAUGCCUUCCCUGACCAGUUAAACCGUACCAGUCUGGACACUGUUGUGGGGAUGAGGACUGGGAUACAAAGCAGAGACUGCCAAAGGAUGGAGUUGGCAUCACAUUUAGUAGAAAUGGGGAGCACAAGAGAUAUUAUAGGCUGCGAUGAAACCUGUGAUGAAGGCAAUGAAGAUGACAUUGAUGUAGAGGACGACCCAAAACAGAAAAGGGCUGGUUCUGGUCUUUCUCCUACCAGUGUCAUGCAAGGUGGUGAUACAGACACCGUUGCAGGGGUGUCAUUUCAGGUGUUGACUCCUCUUUCUUCAGCUUCAAAUGAGUGUCCCCCAUCUACUUCCAGUUCAUCACACAUGAACAUUUUCCACCAGUGUCCCCAGUGUGGGAAGUGCUUUAAUUAUCAGUCUCAACUUGUCCAACACCAGCAAAUUCACUGUGGGGAUAAUCCAUACAAGUGCUCCAACUGCGGGAAUAGAUUCAAAUUCUUUACAAGUCUGUCAAACCAUAAGAGGAUGCAAUGUGUGGGCACUGCCUUUAGCUGUUCCAAGUGCUGGAGAGAGUUUGGUUCUCUGCGUGAGAAAUUGAGACACCAGUGUCCACACAACGAAGUCAUGUACAUCUGUCCACAGAGCGGGAAGAGUUUUAAGACGCCACAGCAACUACCAUUCCAGUGCCGUCAUUGCGCAAUGGCCUUUUCCGAAAUGGAUCAACUGCAUGCUCACGAAAAAAUUCACGGAAUCCCCCAAACUCUUGACUGUCACACAUGUGGAAUUACCUUCAGCAACUUGCCCAGUUUAGUGCACCACGUGGAAGCCCACAAGAGGUCGGAUCUGAGGCCAUCGUCGCACCUUCCAAAGAAGAAGAAAGGAUUGCAGCUUCCGAAAACUCACCAUUGUCACCAAUGUGGAAAGUCCUUUGUAACAAACCGUCGCCUCAAGGAUCACGUUCGUACUCAUUUGAAUUAUCGUCCCUUCCCCUGCUCCUACUGUGGAAAAUGUUUCACUCAGAAAGGUAAUCUCAAUGUGCACAUAAGGAUCCACACAGGGGAGAGACCCUACAUGUGCUCUGUGUGUGGGAAGACCUUUCAGUCAGCAGGGAAUCUGCAGGUACACCAGCGCUUUCACACUGGGGAGAAACCCUACCAAUGCAAAGAGUGUGACAAACGUUUUACUAAGUCGAGCCAUUUAGUUGUCCACAUGCGUGGGCAUACUGGAGAGCGUCCUUUCACUUGUAAUGAAUGUGGAAGGAGUUUUAUCCGGAAAACUUGCUUAAAGAAACAUUUGCUAGUUCAUUCAGGGCAGAAGCCUUAUUCACGGCCUCGUUGCCCGAAUAAUUCCAAGCGCAGUUCACAACCAAGCUAUCAUAUGAAGGAGAAUCCUACUAAUGCGACUGCCAUGACUGGACAUGCGACUGCCAUGACUGGACAUGCGACUGCCAUGACUGGACAUGUGGCCGCCAUGACUGGACAUGCGGCCGCCAUGGCUGGUCAUGUGGCCGCCGUGGCUGGACAUGUGGCCGUACCAGCGAUCUAUCAUGACAGCCUUAACAUAAAAAUGUUGGCACAUGUUGGCAUGUCCCGAGGCUAUGCCAUGGAGAGACUAGGAGGUGGGCCUUCAAAUUGUUGAACGCUGCCCUGCGCACAGAAAAAUGUCCCAAUACUUCCCCUCCGGCCCUACUUCUCACUUUUGAGUAACCCUCUUAGUGGGUAGUUGGGAGUGCAAUUCGCUAGCGAAGCAACAGGUUAUGGGGUAAAAUCAAUACUAGUCCAGAGAGAUUAAUGGGUGUUCUAAUUAUUGUUAACAUGGAAACAACUGCAUUUUUCAUUGUAGGUUUCAAACAAACCCUCAGCAAUGGCUUCAUGCACCGAAUUUAAUUGGAACAACUAAGAAUUUAUCAUUAGCACAGAAACAAAGGAAUUGUCUGGUGUAGGUUUUCCAAAAACGUGCAGCGUCAUUCACGUAUGGGGGAGGGCCUUGGAAGGUGAAGGGGGUGUGGACUCUAGUCUCUCUAUACAUCAUGUCUCAGAACCUCAUCAAGUAGCUGAUUUGGUUGCCAAUAUACAGGACCAGUUAAGAAGCUACUUUAUAGUUUCAUGUGAUGUUCUGUUUUUCUCAUUACAAAUAUUAUUCCUUUACAGAUGUAUUAUAGACAUGUAGAGCUGUUUGCAUGUAGACAUGUUUAUGUAAUAGGAGCAGUAGUCAUGGAUAGAGGUUGAGCUGGUGAAAUGCAUGUGCAUUGUAAUAUAAGUAUUUACUCUUAACAGUAAUAAUGAUAAUGUGUUAUUUGAUAAGCGUAUUUCUAGACUUUCAAGGAAUCUAGAAAAGUGUAUUUCCUUGUGUUAUAUUUGGAGGGUUAUGAUAUUCUUUGUUAUACCUAUUAUUAAAGGUUUUAAUACUUAA